GUUCCUUGGGAGUGGAGGAUAAAAAGCGAGCAAGGCAGGCUGGGUCGGAUCUUCAUCGUCUCGACAUCCCCCAUAUCAGUACUUAGACAAUGCUAUUCAACACCCUUGCUAUCCUCGCGACUGUCUUGAUGACAGUGACCGUACGUCCCCCAUCCCUCUCCCUCGUCCAUCCAUCUCAACUAAAACCACGCCCUCUUGAUAGACAUCCACAUCCGCCUGGCCAUUCAGCAAACUCGAAUCCUCCAGCGUCGAGGGUGUCCAAGUUAGAAGCGAAGCCAGGAAGACUCACUAUAUCCUCGAAGCAAGCAGUGUACCAUACUCCACCAUAUAGACCCUUCAUCAUCAUAUCCCGUAUAAUUCGUUACCGCGCAUCGGUGUUACUCUCCUUAAUUGUCCUUAAUUCCCAUCGGUUUCAAGUCCGACAUGUAACUUGUCGUGAAUCUAACAGUGUAUCGGCUGUUUGACAGCUGCCUCAGUUGCAUAGGAAGGAGCGUAAGUGAAACGUAACGUCGUGGCCUUUAAAAGUAAAUUUUUUGUCGUUGUGCAGUUGUUGGCUUGCCGAGACGUGAUUAUACAAUACAUACGACCAACUAUCUAAACAGUUCGUUGUGGG